UACCAACCUAACCUUACUACAUAACCUCAAAAAGAGUUUAAACCUAUAUCUUGCUCCCUCUUUUUCCUAUCGCUCUUAAAAUAACAACAUAUAAAUAAUAAAAUGCGUGUAAAUAUUGUGUUUUAUUGAAGCGGCAUUAGUUUAUAAAGAAGAAUAACAGUAAAAUCAAUAACAAAUAAUUGAAAUUUCCAAUUAAAUAUAUUAUAUUGUUAUUGUAUCCACAAGGUUUUAUAAAUAUUAAAUGUAUUGAGAGAUUUUGAUGUUUCAAAUGUUUAUUUUUCAAGAAUAUUUUGGUUUUAUGAAAACAAAGUUUUUUAUAUUACAAAAAAAUUGUUUUUGUUUUUGUUUUUGCGAAACAAAAAGAAAUUAUAAAAUUGCUGUUUACAUUUAAAAGGCGAAAAUAUAAAAUUAUCUUGCGCAUAAAAUAAAGAAGAAAUGAAAUUAUGGAUACUGGCAGCGAUGACGAUGAAAAUACAAUGUUGGAUUUGAAUAAAAAAUCCUCCCUUUCAAUACCGACAAUUAAUGACAAAAAUUUUGCUAAUAAUGCUGACUUUAAGGAUAAUUUUCUUCGUCUCCAAUCUAUGGUGCGACAAGUGUACUUUAGUUACCUAUACAAAUCUCUUUUAAGUAAUUAUGCCAUUUCCUGUACCACAAACAGCAUUGAAGACUUUGAUUGCAGAGUCAAAAAUUGUGCUAGUCAAAUGGAACUUUUUGCAGUCCGAAAUGCUUUGGAAACUUCCUUAUAUAGAAAAGCAAUGAUAAAACUGAUCUCUGAAGUCAAGGAACAUACAAAUGAGCAGAAGCUUUACAAAUCUCUAAUGUCAUUUUUGACAUCAACGCCAGAAAAAUCUGAUGUCGCUGUACAAACGGAUCAAGUGGUUGCAACUUAUUUGAAAAAUGAACCUAUGGAUAUAUCGCCAGCGAAUGAAGACAAUAUUCCAAUCACACACGGUGACAGUUUAUUGAAACAUUGUGAUGACCAAAUUGUUGAAUCAACAACAAAAAUUGAAUCUUUAUCGAAUGACUUGGAUUCCAAUUCUCAAGAUUACACUAAAACUAAGAGUGAACAUCAGUCUUCUCAAGUUGAAACUUGUCUCGAUUCAAGGAAUGAAUGUGAGAGUAUAUUUAAUAAUGAUGCUGAAUGUCAAAGAACAACUUCCAAAAAUGGUGAUGUGAAUUCCCAGUCAAAAUUGUUGAAUGGAAAUUCUACUGUAAAUAUGACUUCCAAAAAUAUCUUGAAUGAAUCAACUAUUUCAAAAGCAGACGACUCGCAGGACUCUCUUUUUCAAACGAUGGAAGAUAUGUUUUGUGAAAGUGAUGACAGCAGCGAUCUUAUGACGCUUAUUGAGAAACACUCUUCGUCUUCAAAUCAAUUGGAAAAUUCAAUUUCGCAAACAACUUUAGAAAUAGAUCCGGAAAAUCCGAAAAAUAGUGUCGACAAGAAAUUUAAAUUACAGGAAUGUAAACGAAAAACAAGUUCAAAUAUCAGUUGUUUGAAAGCCAAGAAGCGCAAUGUGAGAAGCUCUCCGGUUGGAUUUAAUGAUUUAAAGAGUUCAAAGUUUAGAAAGAAAGUGAAUGAAAUUUGGCUUGUCGAAAGAGUUCACCAGUCGUCGAAAUUAAAAUCAAAAAUGUUGGAAAUUUCCUUACUAAAUUAUCGAAAAUAUGGUCGAAUAAAAGAUAAGUUUAUUGCAUUAUUUGGCGAAUCUGACGAUGAGGAUUCAAUGCCAGAGUCUCCAGUUUGUAUUGAAGAACAUUUGCAAGCUUGUAAGGAAAGAAUUGCUCCUUGGAUUGUGAAACAUUUAACUCCAUUUUAUAAUCAAAGGAGAAUCUCUAGCCGAGAAUUAUUUAAAACUAUCUGCAGACACGCCACUGAUAUGCUCAUUAUUAACAAUACUUUUCCCGAUGAAGCCUCUGUCGAACAUUAUAUGAAAGAUUUCUUUCGAAACAAAAAAAGUAUUAAUACUGAGGCUGAUAUAUAUCUAUAGCGUACUCGAGGAAUAAAGCGCAAUAUUGUUUACAUUCGUAUAACAUAGUCUUUAAAUUUAGAAAUUUAUUAAAUAUUACUUAUUAAUCCUUAAUAUUUAUUCUCUAAAUAUAUGAUUUAAGAAAAUAAACAUUUUUUAUUAAAAAAA